UAAGUGGAUACUUCAGCGACAUGCUGCGUGAUUUCUAGUGACCUCUUGUAAUUGCAUGUGUGUGCAAUACAUUAGCGCAUUUGUUACACGUAUAAAUGUACCUGUUUGUAAAUAAUUUUUGUUAUGUGUAAAAUUUAGUGCAUGAAGCAAAAUAAUUUCCAGAGAUGACUAUAAAAGUCCCCGAACAUGAAAUAAACAAUCCUACCGAAAAUGACCCGUACGAAGUGGAAAAGUGUAGUAAAUGGAUUGAUGCGUGUAAUUUAAAUAAGGUGUGUUUACAAUUUCCUGAUAACCUAUUACCUGAUUCUGCACAAAUUGCACUACGUUUGGAAAAACUUAUCAACAAAAAAGUAUACAUUUUGGGAGAUACUUCUUGCGGUAGUUGUUGCGUUGAUGAAAUAACAGCUCAGCAUAUCAAUGCGGAUGGUAUAAUACAUUUUGGUCAUGCUUGUUUAAAUCCUACUGGUAGGUUACCAGUAUUUCAUGUUUUACCAAAGACAGAAAUCGAGAUAAAUGAUGUUAUUAACAAAUUUAAAUCUAAUUUUGAAGAUAAAUCAAAAAGAAUAUUAUUUUUUUAUGAUGUUGCUUAUGCAUAUAAAAUUGAAUGUAUACAAGCAUCAUUACGUCCUUUUUAUAAGAAUUUAAUUUUUACUUCAUUAAAUUGUACUUCUAAUGUAGAAUUCACAGAUAUGAAAGAUGUUUCGUCUAUAAUAUUCUUGGGUAGAAGUUUUAUGUUAGAAAACAACUUCAAAAUAGAAGAAUAUGAGGCAUUUUUCCUUGGAAGUGGUGAAAAAACAUUUACUACAUUAGCGAUAUCAAUUCCUGCUAAAAAAUGGUAUUAUUUUGAAAAUAAUACUGUUAUUGAAUCCCAAGCUUUAAAUACUCCUUGGUUAAAAAGGAGGAAGUUCUUAGUUGAAAAAUUAAAAGAUGCUAAAGUGGUUGGGAUAGUCGUAGCCACAUUAGGAAUUAAAGAUUAUUUGAAAAUAUUAACAAUGAUUAAAAAUAUUCUUAAAGAAAAAAAGAAAAAAUCUUACAUUCUAAGUGUAGGUAAAAUCAACCCAAUGAAACUUGCUAAUUUUCCAGAGAUUGAUGUUUUUGUGGUAAUAUCAUGUCCUGAAAAUGAAGUGUUCGAUUCUAGAGAGUUUUUUAAACCAAUACUUACACCUUAUGAAGUAGAAUUAGCAUUUAACAAUUCAAGAGACAUAUGCACAAAGUAUUGUAUGGAUUUCCGACAAAUAUUACCUGGAGGAUUGAAUUAUGUUGAUUUUAAAGCAGCAGCUGAUUCAGAUAUUUCUUUGCUUACUGGUAAACUUAGAAAUUGCGAUGAAAAUCUUUGUGCAGAUAAAAUGAACGUAUUAGCAAUUAAAGAUUCAGGUGUUGUCGCAAUUGGGAAAGCAGGAGCAGAAUUUUUACAUAAUAGAUCUUGGAAAGGGGUUGAACAAAGAUUAGGAAAAGAUGCAGUACAUUCAGCACAAAUUGGACGAUCUGGUUUACCCAACAGUUAUGAUAGUGAACCUUCUACGCAAACAAAAUAAUAAUUAAACAUAAUAAAUGGAACGA